GUCGUCGCAUGCAGAUAUCGCCUGUCACAUGCAUCGAGCUGAGCUAUCACGUGGGAUUUUGCAUAUUUGCAUUUGCCUCCCUCGAGUGCUGGCAAUCCGCAAAAGCUUGGUGUGAACAGCACCUGCUGUGGGCGGGCACUGCGGAAUUUGGCUGCCAGGAUGCGCUGGCAGCCACGCCACACCAUGUACCUGGCAGCCAGCCUGUCGGCCUGGGGCGACCGCAUGUGGACGUUCGCUGUCGGCCUGUACAUGGUGUACGCUACGCCGAACUCGCUGCGGCUCACCGCCCUCUACGGCCUGGUCAUCUCGGUGUCGGUGAUCGUGCUGGGCGCACCGGUCGGCCGCUGGGUCGACCACACCGCCCGGCUACGAGCCGCCCAGCUAUCGCUAGUGGUGCAGAACGUGUCUGUCUGCACGUGCGCGGUCAUCCUGAUCGUGGGCCUCCAGUACGCCGACUACACGGCCAGCACCUGGAACAGCUGGCUGCAGACCUUGCUGCAGGUGCUGGUCAUACUGGUGGCGGACGUAGCUGCAGCUGGCCACCGUCGCCAACAAGAUCACCAUCGAGAAGGACUGGAUCGUCGUGAUGUCACACGGUGGAUGAACUCUGCGUUCCGCACCAUCGACCAGGGUACGUACAUCCUGGCGCCGGUGCUGGUCGGCCAGCUGAUGACGUUCCUCUCGCCGGUGGUGGCGGCCGCCUUCAUGGCUGCGUGGAACGUGGUGUCGCUGGCGGCGGAGUACGCGCUGCUGCGGGUCGUGUACCGCAGCGUGCCGCAGCUGGCGCAAGACAAGCAGCCGCCGCCGCCCCCAGCAGCCUGCUGCGGCCUGGGCGGCUGGUGCUGCCAGCGGCUGCAGGACAUGGGGCAGGGCUGGAGCGCCUACUUCCGCUCGUCGUUCUGCCUGGCCGGCCUGGCGCUGGCCAGCCUGUAUAUGACCGUGCUCGGCUUUGACAACAUAACGGCCGGGUACGGCUACUCGCAGGGCCUGACCGAGUCGACGCUGAGUCUGCUGACGGCGGCCGGCGCCGUCGCUGGCAUCUGCGGCUCGCUGUGCUUCCCCAAGCUGCGCUCCGUCGUCGGGCCAACGCUGGCCGGCGUGAUCGGCUUCAGUCUAGCGGUGCUCGCCCAGACUCUCAGCCUGACCUCGGUGUUCCUGCCGGGCACGGCGUUCGCCCCCCUGGCGCGGUCCGGCGCGCCGCACACGCACACCUCGGUGAUCACCCUCUUCAGCGGCAUCAUCCUAGCGCGCUGCGGGCUUUGGAUCAGCGACCUGAGCGUGACUCAGCUGCUGCAGGAGCGCGUGCCAGAGUGGCGGCGCGGCACCAUAUCGGGCGUGCAGAGCGCGCUCAACAUGACCAUGGAUACGGCCAAGAACCUCCUGGUGGUGUUCAUUCCGCACGCGCAGGACUUCGGCGUGCUCAUCAUCCUUUCCUACAUAUUCUGGGUGAUAGGCUGGUGCCUGUUCGCGGUGUACGCGGCCACCACCGGCCGCCGGCCGCCGGCACACGGCCCUUCGGAGCGGACCGCCGUCCGAAGGCGGCUCGAAACUGGAGGCAGGCGCCGGACCAGCAGCAGGCGCCAGCCUCGCUGGGGACGCCGCAAAACUGCCCCGCUCUGGCGACAUCACACCGCCGGCCGGAAAUGCUGCGGACCACGUGGCCGCCGCCACUGCCGAUUCUGAUGACGUCACGCCACAGACGUCGGCGAGAGAACGGCCGGCCUCCCCCGCCGACGCCGAACCCGGCGAGGAUCGGCCGUUGUUGGCGCCUACGGUGGUCGCCUCCGCCCAGGAAACGGGGUCAACUGGCGG